CGAACCUCUCCGCGCUGGCAUUUGCUGCCCAAGAUCCUCUCGCGGAAUAUUCAAUUCAAUUUAAAUUUGAAUAAAACCAAAAAUUAUGCAUUAGUCACGACACGAAUUUCAAACAGUUUAACGAAAAUGUCGAAUUUAUGGAGCACAUGUGUGCACAAGUUUUUCAAAUACGCGCCCAGCUAUGUGGUGUGCUUAUGCUUUCUGCCCUGCGGCCUCAUCUUUGGUUACACGAUCUGCUCCUUUGUGGCCGAGCGCAAUCUGGAGUCGAACCUCAAUGACUAUGGACCACUCAUUUUGGGCGCCUGCCUGUCGCUCCUCACCGCCCUCGGCCUGCUGGCGUUGAAGUAUAUCAAGCACUGCAUUCUCUACUGGCAGCCAUUCAUACUGCUGGCGGCGGGCGUAUUCAAUGUAAUCUCCAGUUGUUUCUAUUUUGCCGAUGGCUUUGAUCACGUGGGCGCCUAUAUGUCAUAUGUGGCGCACAGCUUGACCUUUGUGGCUGGCUACGGAUUCCUGCACACCAUCAGCUCGAAGAGCAGUCGGUCCUUAAUGAUAUCCGGCUGCUGUAGCUGCUAUCUGCUGGGCAUUGCGUCUGCGGUGAGCCUAAUUGGCGGCACAUAUGUAAAGAAUCUGGAGCAGUAUGCCGGCCAGCAGGCUACCACGGAGCAACUGAUCGAUGGCAUCUAUGUGAACUUUGCUGCCACCUAUCUAUCCAUAGCGAUUGUCAUGCUGGCCGUUCUAAUUGGUCUGAAGGCGCUGCAUGUGCUGGGCACGGUGGACAUGACCAACAGCAUGGACAACGAUCUGAGGAUUGCGAAUGCGAACGGCAGCAUCUUUGAGUCACGCGCGGAUGUCAUCAAGCGGCUGCAGUUCUUCUAUGUCAUCAAGAAUCAACAGUGGCAUGUGACGCUGCUGCUGCUCUUCGUGGAGGCCAUCCAAUAUGCGCUCUUCAUCUAUCUGGUCUUUUGGUUUGCCCUCAACGAUGCGAUGCGUCUGGAUGAAUUGGCCCACAUCGACUCCAUGUUCUGGGUCAUAUUCGCUGGCAGCGUUCUGGCCAUCGUUUGCCUGUGCUUCUACUCAGCCAAGGUGCACUUUGUGACCACGCAAGUGCUGCUGCUGCUGCUCACGGUGCUGGCAAUGAUUAUAUACGGUGCGACCAGCUCGAAGGUGACUUUCUGGCUGCUCCUGGUCCUCUUCGGCAUGGGUUAUUCCAGUCUGCAGAUUGUGCUGCUGGAGGUAACGCAUCUGCGUUUCACCGAAUGCAUCAUCUUUGUCUCCUACACACUCAAAUUGGUCAGCACCAGCAUCGUGUACUACUAUUUUGUGGCCAAUGUGAAUAAUUCGUAUUUCUAUGCCAAGGAUGAGAGCACGCUGAUCGCCCAGGGAUUUGUAUACAUGAUUAUAACGUCUCUGCUUGCGCUGGUCGUUGGCAUGAAGGUGCCGCGCACGCAUCGCAGCAAAUUGUUGGAUAUACAGCACGAGGUCUAUGGCAUUAUCUUCAUGAAGCAUCAGAUCGAGCAGCUGAAUGUGCGCUGGCUUAACGAUGGCACCAUACCGACCAUCAAUCAAUGAUGCAGUUGCUCACACAUGUUCA